UAUAUAUAUAUAUAUUCGGCAGGACGCAAAUUGCGAUUUCUGGUUCUAACAGCGAUGGGUGUUAAGUUUAUGCUGUUCUAGGACAGACACUUGUAAUUUUGUAGAUAGGUGCCAUCGUUUCUAAGGAACUUAACAAUAUCCAUCGUCAGGUAGAAGAAGUUCAUUAUUCAACACAAGUGUAGGGAAAGCUCCGUAGAAAUUGCAUAGCCUCAAUGGCAGCUACGGGUUGUUUGGGAGGAAACUUGUGAAUGUGAUGAAUAUGCCACAUGAAAAACCGAAAACUGUAAAAUAGCGACCUAUAUUACACGUAUUGUGUCAAGCGUAGUUUUCAGUUACAUAGAUGUGAAAGCCUACAAAUCCAUUUGCACAGAAUAAUGUUAAGACAAUGUUUUUAGAGGGAGUGUGUUGUGAUUUGAGGUUAUGUUAUUAGAUGCUAUUUAAAAUCUCCACAAAGAUAAACAGGCAACGAAAAAUAGAAGUCCAUCACCUUGCAUUAUUGUUGUUUAAUUCCCACGGCCACAGACUUAUCUAAUAAAGAAUUAAGUAUAAAAAUACUUAUUACUAUGGUGGACGUGAAGUUAAGCUUGCCAACUUUACCACCAGAUUUCUUGGAACUUUGUUAUCAUCCUUGUGAGAAACUGGAUGUGAAGGAACUUGAAAUUCAGAAUGGCUGUGCCUUUCCAUUUGCCACUGGCUCUCCAUACUUGGCAACUGUGUUGAGCGCACAACAACUUACGUGUGGUGAGGAUGUCAAGAAGGUUGUAGAUGUUUGUUUAGAUAUUCAGGGAUCUGGUAUAGAUUUUCAGCCAGGUGACACAAUAGGUGUAAUUCCUGAAAACUCCAAAGAUGAAGUUGAGAAGGUCAUGAAACAUCUCAAGAUAACUGAAAGAGCCGACACCAUCGUUACUGUGUUAGUGAAACCUGGGACAGUGAAGAAGAAUGCAUGUGUGCCACCACACAUCCCAGUAAAGACUACUCUUAGACACAUCUUACAGACUUGCCUUGACAUCAGGGCAGUCCCAAAAAAGAUGUUUUUACGCAUACUGGCUUCCCACACAGAAGACCCAACUGAGCGACACAGACUGGAGGAACUGUGCAGUAAAGAAGGGAGUGCCCACUACUCAAAAUUUAUAGUGGAGGCAAGAACUACAUUGCUUGACCUAUUAGAAACAUUCCCUACAUGCUGUCCUCCAGUUGAGAUGCUUGUGGAACACUUGCCUCGUCUUCAGGCCCGUCCAUAUUCAGUUGCCUCUUCUCCACUCCAGAAGAGCAGAGGAUGCUCAGAAUUACACUUUGUGUACACUCUGGUGAAGUUUCCUGCUUCAAAACAUGAUGGGUCUGGUGCCCGUUAUGGCGCCUGUACUGGCUGGCUAGAUUCCCUGACGAGGAUCAUUCAGACAGCUGCAAGUCCUGAUGACUCUGUCACUGAAGAGCUGAGGAAGUUAAGCUUGCAGGAUAAACUGACGGAGUUGAAGGUCCCUGUGUACCUGAGGAAAAGUACAGGUUUCAGGCUUCCAAAAGACUCUUCAGUGCCUGUGAUCCUUAUAGGACCAGGAACAGGAGUGGCCCCCUUCAUAGGUUUCCUUCAGCAUCGCCAGGCAGAAUGGCAAAAGUCAAGUGACUUGGUCUUUGGAGAGAUUUGGUUGUUCUAUGGGUGCAGGUAUGAGGAUAAGGAUUUCCUUUACAGGUCAGAGCUGAACAAGUAUAUUGAAGAUGGCAUCUUAAAUCGUCUAUUUUUAUCAUUUUCACGUGAUAAAAGAAAGGAAAAAAUGCCAAGAUAUGUUCAGGAUAAUAUCAAACUUUAUGGCAGGGAGUUUGUUAACCAAGUUUUUGAAAAGAACAGUACAGUCUAUAUAUGUGGAGAUGCCAAGAACAUGGGAAUGGACAUACUUAAUGCCAUAGUGUCUGUGAUUCAGAAUGAAAGAGGAAUUGAAGAACAGAAUGCCAGAUUAAUUGUAAGUGAACUUCAGAAUCAAGGAAGGUAUCUGCAGGACAUCUGGAUAUGAUAUACUCCAAUAACAGUAUGCUGAUUGUGUGAAUUUGAAAAACUGGAAACAAAACAUUUUCACAAGAAUGAUCAGAAGCCAUUGGUAUCAGAAUGAGGAUACAGUGCAAUUUGCCUACAUCAGAAUUAGGGUGCCAAUUUGUAUACAUGUCUUUGGUUUUUGGAAAUAUGAAGUUAAUCUUCACUUUUGUCAAGACAUUGUUGAAACAUUUUCAUCACCUUCUAUUAUGACCACCUGGUUGCCAAAAUAUUUUUGGUCAUUGUAAACACAUUUUUGUUCCCUACAGCCCUAUUAGAUAACACCCUGCUCCUCUGCUUCUUCCAAUGACAGCUUCGUCUCUGACUCAACUGCCAGCUGAAGGUGUGUAUGAGAGGUGCUAAUUCCCCAGUUCAUCAUUAACUGUGAAGAUGGCAAUGGUAAUGUUAGCUGAAACAGAAGAUCUUCAGUAUUCCAUGUGGUCUAUUCUUAAAAGCUGAAGUGACAAAUUAUGCUACAGCUGUGAAAAUGUAAGGACAAGUAUUACAUAUUUGUAGCUAUAUCCCACAGGAGGAAGUUGGCACCAUACUGAUGUAAUUUUAAUCUUCAUUAUUUCAGAUUUAAACAAAGUUAUAUAUGUUAUAAUUAAAUUAGAACAUAACAAUUCGAGAAAUUUUAUUCCAUUAAGUGUUUAUGCUCCAGUGUAUACAAAUAUUUUG